ACAGACCUGCAGCGAGCUUUGCUCCUCUCACCGGAUUUCUGUACUGCUGAAACGGCGAGCCUGCUGCAUACAGGAAUAUUGACUGAACCGUUCUCCAGUACGAGGAAAAUUCAAGCCUAACCUGUGAACUCCAAAGUAAGUGUUCCUGUUCUCAAAGUAGCGGCCCAUAGAGAGGCAUAAUCCCAGGGCAUCUGUGACAAUUUGAUGAACUGCAAAGGAGCACCGUUACCUGGUUUCAGAUUCCUGUGAGUGAAUGCCAACUGCAGGAGCAUUGGUUAAACUACAGAGAAGAGUCUUUCCCCCACUGCUGAUAAUGAAACACAGUUUGCUCAUGAGGAAGCACUGACUCCAGCGCAGCCCUGUCGCGCCCACAGCGCCCGCUCUCGGCCCGGGCGGCCCACCAUGGCCCAGCAAUGAAGGGCUAUCAGGUGAGCCGCAGCCUGUCACAACACUCGUCCGGGCCGUGCCACUGCACACCUGAGGACUUUGAGGCCACGCGUGAAUACUUACGCCAUGGAGAACACCAAUACUACCCACCAGGUGGCCCACCUGAGCCCCUGGCACUGCCCCCUUCUGGUGGAGGCACUUUUCCACGCUCUCAUUCCACUCAGCAGCAGCCAUAUGACUCAUGUGAAGAAUGCAUGUCUUCAGCUGGGCAUGCACAUGGGCAUGGGCAUGGACACGGGCACGCAAAGAUGCACCGCAUCCCUCCUAACCUGCUGGAUCAGUUUGAGAAGCAGAUACCCUUGCACCCAGAUGGCUUCCAUACUCUACAGUACCAGCGCUCAGCCAGUGGGGAACAGCGCAGCGAGAGUCCCAGUCGGAUCCGUCACCUGGUGAACUCUGUUCAGCGCCUGUUCGCCAAGUCGCAUUCACUUGAGGCACCAUCUAAACGUGAGUUCAAUGGAUGCAGGGACCGUGACCGAGAACGAGGCCAGCGCAGUGGAGUUGAAGAUGGUGCAGGGCACCACCACCCAGGUACACAUCAGUCACGCUCGACCCGCCGCAGCAAGAGUCGGGAGCGCAGCAAGAGCGGAGACUCACGUCAUGAUUCCCGGCACUCCUCGCGCCACCGCAGCAAGACAGCGGGCUGGUGGAGCUCUGACGACAACCUGGAUAGUGACAGUAGCUUCCUCGUGGCUGGAGGCAGAGGGGUAGGACGGGGAUACCCACCAGGUCACGAGACCCUGGAUGCAGCAAUCCAGGAGCUAACCUUGAAGAAGGUGAAAGGUCCUGCUCCUGGAGAGUGCCUGGCAUGCAGCACCAUGGCCAGGGUAGGAGAUAGCGGGCAUUCUCUUAAGAGGAGCACCUGGUCAGCCAUGACAGUCAACCAAGCCAGAGAAGCAUAUCCAGUCCCUCGGGGAGGAGGAGGUUAUGAUAAAGCUCUGGUACCCCUGGACGGCAAGUUGAAGGAGCGUAACCUCCAUUACCUACAGGUUCCCUCUGAUGAGUGGGGUGGAAUGGGAGUGUCAGAAAGUGGAGGAGAGAUCCCAUGCAGACGCAUGCGCAGCGGCAGCUACAUUAAGGCCAUGGGUGAUGACGACAGCGCAGACUCAGACACCAGCCCCAAAACCUCACCAAAACGCUCUCUGAUUGCUCAGAGAGAUGCUUUCCGGCGUUCCAUCAGCAUGGACCAGCGCUCUUCUACAGCCAAGUACUCGUGUAAACAGUGUACAGAUUCCUAUUCAAACAGCCGUACGACACCAAAAGGACACGCACACUCUCGGAGCUACACACGCUCCCUGACCAGCUCACAGCUGGGGGACACGCUGAAUCGUCAGUUCGAGUCAGUGUGCGAGAGCGUGUUUGGAGAGAUAGAGUCUCAGGCCGUGGAGGCCUUGGAUCUGCCCGGGUGCUUUCGUACACGCAGCCAUAGCUACGUGCGUGCCAUCCAAGCAGGCUGCUCCCAAGAUGAUGACUGCCUGUCCGUCUUCUCCAUGUCUGGCCCUCAGGGGAGCAUCAAGGGUGGAGCAGUGUUCCCGUAUCGGAAAGGCCCACCUCCACUUCCUCCACGCAUGUCCAAGCCCAUGAUCUCAGUUACAGCACAAAGCAGUACCGAGUCCACUCAGGAUGCCUACUUUCAGAGUCGGCCCAAACAGCACAGUAAUUCUGUAGACCUGAGUGAGAGCUCCAGAGGAGGUUACUACCCGAGCGGGGGUGCAAUGCGCAUCAAACAGAGCAGCAACUCCACAGAGAGCGUAAGCAUGGAUGGUCGAGCCUUGAGGGACUCCGGCUAUAUGGGUGGGACAGGAAUCAUGAGGCCCAAGCACAGUGCCUCAGCCGAAAACCUGCUAGAAGGGCCCAGGGGACUGAGGGAGCGUGCUGGAGGCAGCCUGGGCAAAUCUGCAUCCCUUCCUCAGACCAGCAUCAUGCUGAGCAAGAGUGUUAAGAGCAUAGAGGAGCAGAAGCAGGAAGGCAAAGGGCGCAAGUGGAGGCCCUCUAUAGCUGUUCAGGUGGAUAGCUCAGAGACUUUGUCAGACUCCGAUACAGAAGGCAAAGCACUGAGAGAAGUGCACUCCAUCGGUGUCCAAGUGGAGGAUGAUAAAAGACGUGCACGAUUCAAACGCUCCAACAGUGUGACAGCAAGCGUGCAGGCUGAUCUGGAGAUGGAGGGUUUUGGGGUUCUGAGUGUGCCAAUGCAGGACAAGGGGUUACAAUUUGGCUGUUCCUUCCAGCGCCACUCCUCAGAGCCUGAGUCAGAAUAUCGCUCCACCGUGCACACACAGGGCCAGUGGGCAUACCGGGACCACUACCAUGGCGCCUACAAUACCGAGCCCUGUGCUCUGGAGCUGAGGGCAUUGCCUCAUACACACACUGAGCGAGCAGUGGCAAGUUGGCAUGAAGGUCCACGCAGCCUGCCUGACUCGGGCAGAGCUUCACCAUGCCACAGAGAUGGGGAGUUCUUCCUCCGCCUGCUGCAAACUGAGGUAGAGAGGAUGGAGGGAUGGUGCCAAAGCAUGGAGCGAGAGGCAGAGGAGAAUGAGCUGCCAGAUGAUGUGCUGGAGCUGAUCAGAGCAGCAGUGGGCAGUGCACAGAUGUUAAUGUCCCAAAAGGUGCAGCAGUUCUUCCGCAUGUGCCAGCAGAGCGUGGACCCAACGGCAUAUCCCCAGCCCACCACUCAGGACCUGGCUAGUUUCUGGGACCUGCUGCAGUUGGCCAUUGAGGAUGUGCGUGUGAAGUUUCAAGACCUGCAGCGGAUCAAGGAUUCAGGCUGGAGGCUGCCUCCUGAGAAGAAGGAGGAGACAAAGCUUCCUCCUCCUUUACCAAAGAAGCCAGCAGGUGGAGUGACUGGAAGUCUGCGAGCAGAAAGCGUGGCAGAGACAGGAGUGGGAAGCACUGGUGGUACGCUGAUGGUCACUCGUGGUCGUAGUAUGCCUGUACCCUUGCCGUUGCGGGAGAAAUCCCUAGAGUUGGGAGAUCGACAGAGGCUGGAGGCAAGGCGGAGGCUCCUCCAAGCAGGCCCCAAGCGAGCUGCCUCUUUCCGUCAGAAUUCGGCCACCGAGAGCGGGGAUAGCAUCGAGAUCUACAUCCCUGAGGCCCAGACCAGACUGUGAGCCAGCCAAGCUCACAUUAGGUCCAUAAAACCAAUAAAGCAAGUCUCCUCUCCCUUUGAGUGACCCACAGUAUAGCUCACGUACCAAACGUGAUUCAAAUAAGUUGGAGAAAUGACAACAUGGGUACUUUCUGGAAGAGAGCUCACUCACUUGUUUGUGUUGAAACUUACAGAUUAAUCCUCACUGAUUAAAAAGGGCUCGCACCAGCACAACCAUGUGGUAUGAGACUGGGUUUUUUUUUUUCCUUUCACAAGGCUUAUUUAAUAUCCCAAAACCUUAGGACUUUUUUCAAUAAAUGCCUCCGCGGAAUACGGGUGCAAUAUUGUCUUGGUGAGAGGAUUUUAGAAAUUUAGCUACAAAUAGCAGACUCUCUUUUGAUAUAGUCUUGAUAUCUAAACUGUGCAUUUAGUUUUGCCAGGGUGGUGACAGUAGCUCCUCUCACUGUGAAACAGCAGCACACUCUUGUGGCCAGGUCAGAAUAGUACAUCCCUAUAUCUCAGGCCUGCAUAUAUAACGAAUUUGGGCUCCGUCCCUUUUAACUGCGCUUGCAGUAUCGUUUAGUUGCAACAGGUCAGGUGUCUGACUGUUAAUGGCCAGUGUUCAACAGGACAAACAAACCUUACCAUCAAACAAACCGCCCAUUUACAUUUAAUUUAUACUGUCCAUCAAGGAUAGAGGGAAAAGUCCUCAAGCUCUAAGUUUCUUCAUCUGGUACUUCUGUCUGCUUUAGCCACACAGAGACAAUCCCUAUCCUGGACAUUUAGUUUAGGAAAGGGAAGCAUGUCAGUCCUUUCUCAAGUCACCCAUGAACUUCUAUGUCAAAAAAGAAAGAAAUAGAAAUAGAAGAAAGUGUGACAUCUAAUGCAGUGAAGUCAAUAUUACCUAGACAGAAACACUAGCCUCUAAUUAUUAGAUGACAGAACUUUUCUAGGUUAUAAGAGUAUCAAAAACACUGGGUUUAGAUGUAUGGUUUUCAUUUUUGUGUGUUUUAGGUGUCUUUAUAAUGCUGAAUAUAUGCCAUGCCCCUUUACAGCAAAGGAAAUUGCUGAUACCUCAGAAGUUUUGCCUGGAAGUGUUUUCAUUUAAUUAAUACCCUGUUUUUAUUUAUUCAUUUACUUAUUACACUCUGUGUGUGUGUGUGUGUGUGUGUGUGCAGAAAGUCAGUGUUUUCCUUUGUUCAAAUAAUGCAAAGUAACAUCUGCCCUUUGCAACAACGACUGCUCCUCAUCUUGCAAUUGUCAUUUUGGUACAUUUUCAAAUAAUAACUAUGUUUUUGGUUCAACUCUAGAAGAAUUAUUUGAAGAAGUAUUUAAUAGGAAAUUGUAUAUUUUAUAAAUGACAUUUUUAGAUUUAAAUACGAACAGAUGAAUCCCUAUCAAAAGUGAAGUAUUAAUGAGUAUGAAAAGAAGGAAAACAAAGGAAAGGGCAGGAUUUCUCUGUGGUGUCGCAUUAUCUGGAAUAUCAGUGUUGCCUAAAUGUUGUUCAAUAUUUAUAUGAAGUCAUAUGGAGCCUGCUGCUUGAAGUGCCCAAUUUCUCUUCUCUCACUCUUGACCUCAGCCUUGACUGGUGUGGAUUUUGAAUUAUAGAAGAGCCAGGAGCCACUUAUAGUCUUUGUUGUCCUGUAUAGACUAGUUGUGCCUAAUUAGCACUUUUGUGUGGCUUUUCAACUGAAUAUGAUAUUUUACUCAAUAUAAAGUAUGUUAUUCAUAUGAAAUAGGUAUGGUUCUGAAAAAUUCAGUUUGUAACACUAUUACUGGAUAUUCACUUCAGCCAGUAAUCUAUGUAACAUGCAUGCCUUUUAAUACUUUCAUGUAUAACUUUUUAUACUUUUUUCAGUGAAUCCAUAAUGCCAGUUAUGCUUUUAUCUAUUUAUUUGGUUAAUUCUUUUUUCUUUUUUCUUUUUAAACUAACCCACUUUCCGGCUGAGUAUGAAUGCCAAUUACUGCACUUAUUAUAAUAUAGCCUUUGUCUCCUUAUUCUAUUUCUAAAUUGCAGAUCAACAGCAUCUAAAAAAAAUUGGGGAAUGUCAAAUACAUCAAAUAUCUGGCCCAGCAUGUCAGAAAACAGGAAAGCACAAAAGACUAUUCCCUUUUCCACUGUGAAGGACUUCUGUCCAUUUGGCAUACUGGACUCCACAUUUCUAGUCCUUCUAGACUCAUGAUGUUUACCGAAUUUUUUUUUAUUAUUACUAUUAUUAUUUCUUCAUACAGAAAUGAAAUCUUGCUUCUUUUGUUGUUUGGUUGGUUGUUUUAUUUAUUUAUUUAUUUAUCUAUUUUUUAUUUUUUUUAUUUUUUUUUUAAGCAUCAGGCAUUUGCAUUUUUGAUGGACCCAUUGUUUGGAUGUUUGGAAGACUGACACAGAAUCAGCUGCACACAACGAAUAAAACAUUUGACCAUCAGGCAAAGUGUAUCCCAGAAUAAACGGAUGGACAAUCUUCCAGCGAAAGCGUACACACUGCAGUUGUCUGUACACCUCUCUGCCUCAACUUCCGUAUCUGAAACAUGACCCAGCCAUAUUUGGGGGUACAUGGAAUAUGAGGAAGAACAGAUGGCACUUUCUGCACACUUUCUAUUAUACACAUUUUUGUCCCAUGCCUUGAGUUAACAAAACACACAUAACAAGGACCCUCUGUCGCAUCUCUGUUGUUAUUCUAGGGGCUUCUAGUGCAAAAGUAGCCUGCAGGCCCGGUCCUCACCAUAAUAUCAUUAGCAUUAGAUUGUGCAGAUGAUUAUAUUUUGGUAGCACAGAAGAGCUUUGUAGCAGUGUGUGUUCAAGGCACUGUGGUGUAGAUUUUUUUCUGCUCUAUAAUAAAUCAGUGCAGUACUUAAUCACUGGAUAUCACAUGGGUCAUAGACUUUUAAACAAUUACUGUGUAAUUAAAUAUAUCCUCUCACUCUGUUUUACUAUUAUGUAAAUAUAUCUGUUGCAUUGAAAGUUAUUGUAUUAUAUGGAUUAUCAUGACAAUAAUUAUUAUCACAUUAUAAAGAGAAAGUUGUUCCUUAACCUCUAUGUUUAGACUAUGGAAAAUAUGUAAUUGUAAAAGGUGUGUUCUGUUUCACCCUUACUAACCACCAGGGACAAUCAGCUGGAAAUCUUUACUGAGCCCUUCAAACAUCGUCACAGAAUGACAUAUGAAGCAGUAUUUCUAUUAAAUACUGCCAUCAAACAGUAUUGAUGGCAGUACUUUCUUCUUCUCACCUCACACACAAUUGGACUAUAUGUAUACCACAUGAAGCUAUCACUUGGCAGUUUGUGGCUAUGGUCAGAAGAUAGUUAACCUGUUUUCCAAACCUGCUGAUAGCCUCCUCUCAUGUCUUCUACCUCACUUAGAAUAUUUUGUAUAUAUUGCAAGCACCCUUUCUUGUUAAGUUAUGGAUGUCUGUGCUGUGUACUGUUAUUAAUAAGCAGACCCACCUUUCCCUGCUGGGUUGGGUUCUCCCUUAAGCAUUAUCUCCUCCGAAGUAUUGCAUAUCUAUCCUUAUCUAGCCCACCAAAAUGCCUAUGGUGUGGUUGAGUGGUUGUCCGUGGCCAUACCAUUCCAUAGUUGCUGCUGAGUGGGCAUGCUUUGUCAGCUGGGUUCCACUGGGCUCCACGUGGAACACUAGGUCUAGAGUUUUGCUUUGUUCACUUAUCAAUGUCCCCAUUGUAUUAUCUGUUUAGCCACAUCACUCACUGUCCAGCCACCACAGUUGUGAAGCAUGCACAUGGUGCAGCAACUGUAUCACACCAAUGGGUUCUUACAAGAUGGGAAACUUCAGUUCCACCUUUAGGCCUUAUUUUUCUUAGGGCUAUUGGAUUUACUGAGAAUUCUAGAUACACUGUCACCUGAAUGUGUGGCAAACAUUAAUAUGCUUAUUAUUUGGCCUGGUCACUAUGUACAGUACCACCCGGUGCAAAGGACGCCUGUUGAGGUUGCUAGGAUUGUUGAUGGCAUCCAUAGUAAUGAUCCCUGUAGUCUGGCUCUAUGAGAAUUGAGUUAUCAGUCUAUUACUAGACCUGGAAUGCCAAAAAGAUAUGAAUUAUUGGAUCGGCAAAAGGGGCACUGCCUCUAGCUUGUUGGAGAUGGAAGACUUUUCUAGUCACAGGAGUUCAUUUGGGAGAAGUGCCAGAUUGGACAGAGACAAUUACCAUGGACACGACCCUCCAGAAUGUAAUGUCAGAAACACCAGCAGCAAUGUAGGCCUUCAGAUUAUACUUCCUGGUUCUGAGAAGUCAAUACUGGUUGGCUCAGUGAGACAUUCUUAUGACGGUAAGAUUUAAAUACCAUCAGGUUGACAGCACAGAAUCCUCACAAGUGGGUCCAUCUAUGAAUACAAGAGCUGUAGUACCAGGGCUGUACAAUGGUGCAUUGGCUGUAUCGUUGUGGUUGUAAAUAUACCUUGGAGUAUUUGGUAACCGAAAUCUGGAUUUAGCAAGGUGCAGGUGGACAUCAGCACUGACAAUUGUGGUUUUCACUGGUGAAGCCAGACAGCCCACUGGAACAGGAUGCAAUGCCCUAUGCUUUCCCUCUUCUAAUGUUGACUCUUCCCAAAUUGCACAUAAUUUAGCAACAAAGCAACUCACACAUGAGCAACUCCUGCUCAUGAUGCCAAGAUGGCCAACAAGACCUUGAUUUCUACUACUGCAGGCACUAAUGUUUGAAGCAAACCCUCAGGGUUUGCUUCAUCCACUUUUGCUAACGAGAAGAAUGGUAGAACUGCAUGCUCUGGAAUUUGCUCUAUUGUCACCCAAUUUUUUGCAAUUGAUUGACCUUGCAGUCUUGCUUGAAGUCAAGCCCUCUGGAACAUUCCUUGCUGUGCCUGGUACAUGACCCUGUGAUAAGCUGUGUCCUGCUCCUCAUGACAUUGUGGCAUUGGAUACACUCACAGCCAGGAGGGGUGAAACAGAACACUAGCAACUAUGGCUCUAUGAACCCCAGAUAAUAACCAGGUCCUAUUUAUUUGCAUAUAGACAGAACCUGCAGGUAAUAUUUACUUCUAUUUAAUACAAAAACUGCAUCAUACAUCACACAAUGUUGUUUUUGAAAGAUCUCAAGAUGUAUGUGCACACACCGAAGGUUCCCCUAACCUGUGGAGGUUAUCUGGUGUUUAUAGAACCUCAUUUACAUACAUAACUAGCAUUUAUAUAAUGUACAGAGAACUACCUUAUUUAGAUUACAUUUUUCUUGCUGCUAAAGUAGAAGGUGGACUGGAAGAAUAUAAAUGUUUUAAAAUUUAGUAAAGAUUAUAUUCUGCUAGACCAAGGCUGCUGCAUGUAAGAUUAUGGAUGAGGUUUUAAAUGGGAUAUCAGCUUGUUCAUAGCACCUGGAGUAUAGUGAAUUACAUCAUUUAAAGUUUCAUUUAAAACAUUACUUUUGAUCAUUUUCUACUUUGACGGGGGAAAAAAAAAUAUGGGCAUUCUGUAAUGUAGCAAAAUAAGUUUACACUCUUUAUUUGUUCCUUCUUCAUUCAUGGACCAGUUUUAAAGAAUAUAGCACUGAAUUUCACUAUUCCGUUUGACAAAAUAUUUACAUCAUUAAAUUAUUGUUUUUUGAUAUUAUAUGUUCUUCUUCAUGCCAUUUUUACAGGCCAGAUCAAACAGCAAUAGCAUACUACUUCAGCCUGUUGAUGUAGAAUAUGAAUCAUCUACUGCAGUUUGUUUUUGGAAAAGAUUUGCAGCUAACCACUGAGGGCCCGUGACCGCUGUUUUAGAUUCAGUAAGUCAUUGUUCCCUUGCCAUAGAUGUGUACAGCUAAAUGUGCAGUAGCUGUAAAUUAAGACAGAAGGCUCACUGUGAUGUGGUUAACCUAACACAGAAUGUAACACUGUUAAUGGCUGUAAACAUUUUUUUUUAAUUAUGAUAAAGCUAUUU